AUGGUGGCAGUAAUCAAGAAGUACGCUGGUCUGGACUUUGUUCCGACAAUUAGCGACAGUGAAGACGAUGUCCCGGUUCUAGAUUCCUCUGAUGACGAAAAGGUCGAGGUCAAGAAGGUUGCUAAGAAGGUCAAGGGCAGAAAGAACAAAAAGAAGAGCGUCAGUCUGGACGAGCUUGCAGAAGACGUUCAUGAGGAUCUGGAUGCAGGGUUCAAGUUCGAUUUAGACGCGGAAGAUACUACUUCGAACUUCCAAGGCUGGAACUUCUUAGGCGGGCCCAAUGAGGAUGAUCCAGAAGCUCUAGUGAGGAAGGACGUGGACUUAGACAAGAUUAUUAGAAGAAAAGGUGGGCUGGUAAAAAUGGCUCAUAUCGAUAGUAAAGAGGAAGACGAAGAGGAAGAAGAUAGCGACGAUGAUGAAUUGGCAAUGGAUGGGUUUGGUAUGGGAGCUCCAGCCAAGAAUGAAGAUGAAGACGAUUCGGAAGAAGAGGAACAGGAGGAGGAAGAACAGGAAGAACUCACUUUGGAAAAGACUGGCAAAGAUGACGAAGUAGCGGAAGAGGAUGAUUCGGAAGAGGCAAAGGCUGAUUUUUAUGCGCCUGAAACUGAGGGAAAUGAAGCUAAAAAGCAAAUGUACGACAAUUUCAAUAGUUUAUCCCUCUCUCGUCCUGUUCUCAAGGGUCUUGCCAAUUUGGGUUACGUCACGCCCUCCCCCAUUCAAAGCGCUACCAUCCCCAUUGCUUUAUUAGGUAAGGAUAUCAUUGCCGGUGCGGUCACCGGUUCUGGUAAGACUGCCGCGUUUAUGAUCCCCAUCAUAGAACGUUUAUUGUACAAACCGGCCAAGAUCGCCUCGACCAGGGUCAUCGUCCUGUUACCCACUCGUGAAUUAGCCCUUCAAGUCGCUGAUGUUGGCAAACAAAUUGCUCGUUUUGUCCCUAGCAUUACUUUUGGCCUGGCUGUUGGUGGUUUGAACUUGAGGCAGCAGGAACAAAUGUUGAAAUCUCGUCCUGAUAUCGUCAUCGCUACUCCUGGUAGAUUCAUUGACCAUAUCAGGAACUCAGCAAGUUUCAACGUCGACUCAGUGGAAAUCCUGGUCAUGGAUGAAGCCGAUAGAAUGCUGGAAGAAGGUUUCCAGGAUGAACUGAACGAAAUUAUGGGUCUACUGCCAAGCAGUAGACAAAAUCUAUUGUUUUCCGCCACAAUGAACUCCAAGAUUAAAAGUCUAGUCAGCCUUUCCUUGAAAAGACCCGUAAGGAUCAUGAUCGAUCCUCCAAAGAAGGCUGCUACUAAGUUGACACAAGAGUUCGUUCGUAUCCGUAAAAGAGAUCACUUAAAGCCUGCGUUAAUAUUUAACUUGAUCAGAAAACUGGAUCCAAUGGCUCAAAAGAGGAUUGUGGUUUUUGUGGCAAGAAAAGAAUCUGCUCAUAGGCUAAGAAUUAUCAUGGGUCUUCUAGGUAUGAGUGUGGGAGAAUUGCAUGGUUCUUUGACACAAGAACAGCGUUUAGAUUCCGUUAGUAAAUUCAAAAACUUGGAGGUUCCUGUACUCAUCUGUACAGAUUUGGCCUCCAGAGGUCUUGAUAUCCCCAAGAUCGAGGUCGUUAUUAAUUACGAUAUGCCCAAGAGCCAUGAAGUUUAUCUGCAUAGAGUGGGUCGUACCGCUAGAGCUGGUAGGGAAGGUCGUUCUGUCACAUUUGUAGGCGAAUCAUCUCAAGAUAGAAGUAUUGUUCGUGCUGCCAUCAAGAGUGUAGAAGAAAAUAAAUCUCUUACUCAGGGUAAAGCUCUUGGUAGAAACGUGGACUGGGUACAAGUCGAAAAAACAAAUAAGCUUGUUGAAUCGAUGGGAGAUACUAUUGAAGAGAUUCUUGUUGAAGAAAAGGAGGAAAAGGAAAUCUUGAGAGCGGAAAUGCAAUUAAGAAAGGGCGAAAAUAUGUUAAAGCAUAAAAAGGAAAUUCAGGCAAGACCAAGAAGGACAUGGUUUCAAAACGAAUCAGAUAAGAAGAAUUCUAAAGUAUUAGGAGCAUUAUCAAGAAACAAGAAAGUCACCAACAGUAAAAAGAGAAAGCGUGAAGAAACUAUUGCUGAUGACAAUGGUACACGUUCUUAUAGGAAAACUAAAACUGAUCGUUCCGCAGACCAAGAAAGAGCUUUCAAAAAACAGAAGAGUGCAAAUCCAGAUAAGAAGAAGAGUUUCCACAAACGUAGGUAA